AAUAAUUUUAAAUUUAGAACGCCCUCUGCCGCCACAGAGAAGAAAUCUCCGCUGAAAGAAGCCUGUGAAAGAAUCCUCUAGAAAGUAGGCAUAGAAAUCUCCGGUAACAAAAUCUUUACGUGAGAAUUUCUUCUUAUUCCGAAGUAAAAAAACACAAACGACAAGAUGUGCGACCGCAAGGCGGUGAUCAAGAACGCUGACAUGAGCGAGGAGAUGCAGCAGGACGCAGUCGACUGCGCCACUCAGGCUCUCGAAAAAUUCAACAUUGAAAAGGACAUCGCUGCGUUUAUCAAGAAGGAGUUUGACAAGAAGUACAACCCGACGUGGCACUGCAUUGUGGGCCGCAACUUCGGUUCCUACGUGACGCACGAGACGCGCCACUUCAUCUACUUCUACCUCGGCCAGGUCGCCAUCCUCCUGUUCAAGAGCGGCUAGGCGCUACAUACCUCUCGCUCUAAAUUUUGUGUUGUUAGCUGCGGCAGUAUUAUCGGGUUUACAGUCUCGUCCGCCUCCAGAGCUCUCUGAAGCCGGCCGCGCGCCGUCGCCGCAGCGGGCCCUGCCAGGGGCAGCGCCUGCUGCGGGGGCAGCGACGCGGCGGGGGCGGCAUUCCAGGUGUAUUUAUGGCGUGAGUGAGUGUGUGCGUGAAUGCGACAGGCAGCUCUGGCACGAGCC